AUGCAGCUCCUGGGCGGCCAGCAGACGCCCAGCCGCAAACAAGUCCCGGUAGAAGGCGACGGCAUGCUCCCGCACUUCGCCCGGGUCCGUGAGCAGCCGGGCCUCCGGGGUCUUGAGGUGGUCCAGCGUCUUCGCCACGGCCCACCGCCUCUCCAGGCCGAAGAAGAAGCCGGUAUCCUUGAAUUCAUGAGUGUGGCAGUGGGACUGGUCAGUAUUAGAGGUGUGGACAGUGGCCUUUACCUUGGAAUGAAUGAAAAGGGAGAACUCUAUGGAUCUGAGAAACUAAGUUCUGAAUGCAUCUUCAGGGAACAGUUUGAAGAAAAUUGGUAUAAUACUUACUCCUCCAAUGUGUACAAGCAUGGAGACUCAGGUCGGCGAUACUUUGUAGCACUUAAUAAAGAUGGUACUCCCAGAGAUGGGGCGCGAUCCAAAAGACACCAGAAAUUCACACACUUUCUACCGAGGCCAGUGGAUCCAGAGAGAGUUCCAGAGCUCUAUAAAGAUGUAUUAGGAUACAGUUGAAAUGGGAUAUGUGUUCAAAAGGAAACAAAACCAAAACCUGUUCGUCUUACCACAGCUUCCAUGGUAACACAAUCAGGAAGAACAUUCAAGGCUCUAGGAGACUGGAUUUGAAGAAGCUGUCUUAGUGGUAGCCAAGACUCCAUUUUUUAAUAAUUGGAUGUAGGAGACAAAACCUUAAUGUUUAGGAUGGAACAACCUCUUUUAAGUUUGCUGACACUUGUGCUGGCCAGUAGGCAGUGGGAAGUUUGAAUCCCAUUUAUUUUAAAAUACCAAACUAGUGCCUAGCUUCCCUGGAGUACUUAUUAUCCAUAAACUAAAGCAAAAUUGACUACUUAAUUUGUGUGGAGUUGGACAAUAGACAAGAAGUUGGAAGAAACCGCAAGGAAUAAACUGUAAAAUAGUGAUAAAUCCUGAGAACUGUACAUGAAGGUGAAGUGCUCUACUGCUAGUGAUGGAACUUGGAAGUCAGUGCAUCUCAGUCAGAGCUGGAACUUUUCUUCAGGAUGGACCUAUUU